AUGGAUGAGGAGGUGGGGACACCGUGCCCCAAGCGCCCGCGGCUGGACCUGUCAAGGGCCAAGACGCAGGAGGAGGAGCUGGACGAUCUCAUUGAAAGCGGGCUCUUGGAUGAGCCAUCGGAGCCACCGGAGGAGGUUGCUCGACAAACUUUUGCAACCCACUUCUCGGCGAAAGGAUUCAGAGUCGAGGAAGAGGAGCUGCCGAAGCUUCUGACAGAGGUCCUGGAGAAGGGCCCAUCAUGGGGUGAGACCAGAUACUGGCGAUGUGCAGCCCUGUUUGUUGGUUGCAUCGCGAGAUCUACCAGAUCAUGCCGAAUCGCCUUUGUCGCACACCCGAAGGGGUUGAGCAUCCUGGGCCUUGUGCUGAAGGAGGCUGUUGCCCGUUUGGAGUCUCCAGGGUCGCAUCAAGAAGCAAGCAUGCUUGCGCUCGCCUGUCUCACUUGUUUGAAGUCUCUGCCUUUGGGGCGCGCCUCGCUCUGGGAGCACCGGCAUGCGAUUGGAAAGCCAUUUGACCAGCUGCACAAGUGGUGUAGCAAGGAUCGUAGCGCCAUUGCGGCCGAGCUCCGGGCCCCGACCCUUGAGCUGUGCCAGCGCUGGAAGCGACAGCCAAAGCCCGCAGCUCAAGAGCAGCCACACAAAGCCUUGCGUGGCAAAGUGCUCCAGCUCAUCACAAGCGGGCUCCAGGGUCGAGGUGCCUCGCCUUCGCCGGCUUCUCCUGCUCCGCUUGCUCCGGGUUCGCCGGCCCAACUCCCUCAGAAUCUGGUUGCUGCUGAAGUGGAGAGUGCGCUCUGGAGCCGCUAUGGUGCAAACAAGACAACAGAGUACAGGCACCACGCGCGCAUGCUCCGGGCUAACCUGGCUCUCCCAGGCAAUGGGGAGCUUCGAGCAAGGGUCCUAGCAGGAGAUCUGAAGGCUGAGGAGUUGGUGUCGAUGGACUCGAAUGCCUUAGCGCCCGACGAGAUCCAACGGCAGCGCAGGGAGGUUCAGCUGCAGGCCAUGAAGGAGGUCGUAGUUGAGGAGCUGCUGCCUGUCAGGCCUGAGGAGGGGGAAGGCUCAUCUUUCGACCCAAGUGCAGAUCUCAACACGGCACCUUUGGUCUGGCGAAGUCCAACCAAAGAGGCUAAGGCGGCCAAGGUGGAGAAAGAAAAGCAUGUUGUGGAGGAGGGGGAGGAGGAGGGAGCUACAGGUUUGCCCAUGGUGCCGCCUCCUACACCCUUUCGCCUUUCUGUGGCUACGCCAGCGCUGGAACCGGGGACGUCUGACAUUCCGGAGAUGCUUGCCACGCCAGGGCCGGAUGAGGAGGAUGAUGACCUAAUGACCGUCCUUCGUUUCCUGGCCUCGGGGCCAUGA